UACGGAGAUGGUUUUAAUGCAAUCAUAAUAUUUGCUGCAUGCUUUUUACCAGACAGGAGUAGAAAAGAUUACAGCUAUGUGAUGGACAACCUGUUUUUGUACGUUGUCAGUACUUUGGAACUCCUGGUAGCAGAGGAUUACAUGAUAGUGUACUUCCAUGGUGCUACCCCUAAAAAUAGAAUGCCAAGUCUGGGCUGGUUGAAGAGAUGCUAUCAGAUGAUUGAUAGAAGGCUAAGGAAGAACCUGAAGAAACUAUUGCUGGUACACCCAACUUUGUGGUUAAGGACUGUGGUGUUCUUAACUAAACCUUUUAUCAGCUCCAAGUUUUAUGCAAAGUUGCAGUAUAUUCACACCAUCAGUGACCUUUCUAAGCAUAUUCCAAUGGAGUAUGUACAUAUCCCAGAGCAAAUUGUGAAGUAUGAUCAAAGAUAUCACCCUCGGUCUCAAACAUGUCAACAACCUGUGAGUACAGGGUUGACAAGGUACUAGCUGCAAAGAAGCAGACAAGAAAAUGAUCUUUCUGGUCCCAGUGACUUCCCAAGACUAAAGCUUCCACUUUUAGUUGUAUUGCAACCUCAGUCCCUAGUCAAGGUGAACAGACAUAUACUGCAUUAUUGGAUAUUUUUACCACAGAUGUUAAUUGGUGACAAUGUUUAUAUAAAUAUGAUAUACAGAGAUCCCGUCAAUAAUCUUGACUUUUUUGUUAUAUGAUACCUAUUGUGUAAUUUUUUAUUACAAGAUGGUAUACUCUUCCAUAUAAAGAAUGAAAGGCUGUUACAGUUACACUUGUGCAUUUUGAUAGAUCCACUUUGCUUCGAACAUUCACUGUAUAUUUUUUAGAAAUCUAAAAAGUUAAGGGCUACAUUAAAAAUGUUAUAUUAUUUCAACAUUUAUAAUACAUGUUGAUAAAUAAAGUUUGUUAAUGAAUAAUAGGAAACUGUUAGCUUCUUGGUUGUGCAACCGACUUGUGGUUAAAAGUAGCUCAUGCCAGUGUAGAAUGUGAACAAGAGGUAUUUAAAAGAAAUACAAAUUGAUUACCAGAAGUUUAUUUGAUUCAAGAAUUGGUUUAAAAAUGCUUUUAAAUUGUGUUAUUAUCAGUCACUGACAGCUACGGCAUGUAUUUGGUUAUUAUAAUUGUUGUUGUUGUUAUUAUUAUUAUUAUUAUUCAUUCAAAUAGUCCUUAAUAUUCACUCCAGAUUUUUCCACAUUUUGUUUCAUAAACUGUGUUUUGGAAAAGUAACCUGAAUUUGCUUUAUCUAAAAAACUUGGAAGUAAAACAUUGUUACCUAAUUGUCGUCAUUAAUAUAGCAUUUGUUUGAAUUUAAGUAUAUAUGUAAGUUUCAUUCAUGGACUGCCAUUGAAAUGGAAUAUUCAAACAAAAUGGUAUCAUUUUAUUUUUUAUAUUAGUGGCAUUAAUCAUUGUUUAAUUUCAAGAUGAAAA